AUGCAAAUGGAUGAAAGUGAAUUAUUAGAUAAAAGUCCAAAUCCAUCUUCUUCGCCACAAUCAUUAUCAUCACCAAAAAAAGUAUUUUCUCCAAGUGAAAAACCAUACGAUACUCAUGAAUUAAUAAUUAAUAAUGAACAACAACCACAAGAAGAAAUAAAUCAACAACAAAAUGAAAAUCAAUCUCUACAAAUAAAUAAUAAUAAUAAUAAUAAUAAUAAUAAUAAUAAUAAUAAUAAUAAUAAUAAUAAUAAUAAUAAUAAUAAUAAUAAUAAUAAUAAUAAUAGUGUUAAUAAUAAAGAAUUGGAAUUAGAAAGAGAUCAAACAAAUGUUUUUGUAAAACAUUUACCAUAUGAAUUUAAUGAUGAAGAUUUAGAGAAUUUAUUUUCAAAAUAUGGAAAAGUUUUAAGUUCCAAAGUAAUGAUUGAUCCAAAAGGAAAUUCAUAUGGAUAUGGAUUUGUUAGAUUUUCAAGUCCACAAGAAUCUGCCGCCGCAAUUGAAGAAUUGGAUGGUUACCAAUACCAAAAUAAAAAAUUACUAUGUAGAUUAUCCAAUCUUUAUACAAAUUUAAAUAGUAAAUACCCAUCAAAUAAUUUAUUUAUUAAACCACUUCCAUAUGAUGUAACAGAUGAUCAAUUAAGGAAAUUAUUUGAACCAUUUGGUAAAAUUAUUGAAUGUAAAGUAAUGUUGGAUCAUAAUGGACAAAGUAAAUUUGCAGGAUUUGUUAGAUUUUCAAGUGAAUUGGAUGCUUCAAAGGCAAUAGAUGCUAUGAAUGGUGUUAGGAUUAAUAAAGAUAGUGGUUAUCCAUUAGUAGUAAAAUACGCCGAUACUGAACAACAAAAAAUAAGUAGAAAGCAAAGGAAAAUGCAAACUAUAUAUCAAGAAAAAAUAAUAGCACCACCAAUAUUUCCACCACAAUUUUUACAACCUACAGUUUUACCAAAUAAUAAUAAUAAUAAUAAUAAUAAUAAUAAUAAUAAUAAUAAUAAUAAUAAUAAUAAUAAUAAUAAUAAUAAUAAUAAUAAUAAUAAAAUCGCAAAUAUAGUUGGUAUUGAUCAGCUCGAUAAACUGGAUCAUCAUACUCUUCUCCAACAACAGCAUCAAAUUUUAAUCGACCAUUCCCAUCAACAGCAACAAGAACAACAAGAACAACAAGAACAACAACAUAUUCUAAUAGACCAUUCCCAACAACAUCCACAUUUAAUUAAUAACCAAAAUUAUUAUACAAAUUAUAUGGAAUAUAUGUAUUUAUCAUAUGGAGAUUACCCAAACCCGAAUCAUCAUCAUCAUCAUCAAUACUAUACAACUCAACAAAUAUAUCAUCAACCAAUUUAUUAUCCCACUGCAAAUUAUUAUACUGAUAUUCAUCACCAAAUUCAUCCAACUCAACAUAUUCAACCUCAACAACCCCAACAACUCCUACAAUCACAACAAUUGCAAUCACAACAACUGCAACCACAACAACUUCAACAACAACUGCAACAGCAGCAGCAACAACAACAACAACUACAACAACAAAAUUUGAAUAUAGAAAUUCCAAAUCAAUCUAUUAGAACAAGUGGUGGAAUAAAUAAAAAUAAUUCAAAAAAAAAGAAAAAGAAACAUCAACAAGUACAAUCACAAACUUCACAAAAUUCAAUCCAAAUUGCGUCAUCGAGCACUCCUUUAAAUACAUCAUCUUCUUCAACUAUCACAUCAUUUGGUUCACCUCCAAAUACUUCAAUACCCUCACCAACCUCUGAUUCUAUAUCACCAUUACCAUAUAAUAAAAAUAAUAAUAAUAAUAAUAAUAAUAAUAAUAAUAAUAAUAAUAAUAAUAAUAAUAAUAAUAAUAAUAAUAAUAAUAAUAAUAAUAAUAAUAAUAAUAAUAAUAAUAAUUAUAAUAAUAAUAAUGUAAUUAUAAAUACGCAACAAACAACACCAAAUAAAAGGAAUAGAAGUGAAAAAAUUAAAAAUAAAAAUUGUAAUAUAAACGAAGUAAAUAAAAACUUUUCCAAACUAAAUAUUGAUAAUAAUAAUAACAAUAAUAAUAAUAAUAAUAAUAAUAAUAAUAAUAAUAAUAAUAAUAAUAAUAAUAAUAAUAAUAAUAAUAAUAAUAAUAAUAAUAAUAAUAAUAAUAAUAAUAAUAAUAAUAAUAAUAAUAAUAAUAAUAAUAAUAAUAAUAAUAAUAAUUUGACUACAACAACAACAACUACCACAACGACAAAUACAACAAAUUUAACAAAUUUAGAAAGUUUAAAUCCAUUAUCGGCAUCAUCAUCAUCAAUAACAAGUAAUAGUGGUGGAGGUAAACAUACAAAUGAUACGAAUUUAUUUGUAUUUCAUUUACCACCAUUUGUAGACGACUCUUAUUUAUUUCAGUUAUUUUCUCAAUUUGGUAAACUACAAUCAGUUAGAGUUAUCACCGAUAAAGAUACUGGCGAAAAUAAAGGUUAUGGAUUUGUAAAAUUUUAUCAAACUGAUGAAGCUUUAAAAUGCCAAAAAGAAAUGAAUGGAUUUAGAAUUGGUUCAAAGUUCCUAAAAGUCAAAUUAAAGAAUGAAAAAGAAAGUAUGAAUUCUGGAAAAUCUCACCACCAGCACCAAAACCAAAACAAAAACCAAAAUGAACAACAUUUAGAAGAGGAAGAAGAAGAACAAACUUUCAAUUUACCUGAAAAUAAUAUUGAUGGAAAUGAAAGUAAUCAAGAAAUUGUUGGAUCUGGAAAUUAUACUUGA